UUAUUACUUGCAGGCCGUUGGAGGAAGGAGAAAUUUUAGGCGGGAAAACCCGCGCCUCCUGCCUCGCGCCCCUGCGGCCUACCGCGCGCCGGGAAGCGCCAGGCCACGGCGGAUGCGAGAUGCUAGGCGCAUGUGGCAUGCAGAAAUGUCACCAAGAGGCUCUGAAAAAGAAUCGUGUUUCCCUAGCAAAGCAGCUAGUUUUGAAGGAACUGAUGGAACACCUCAUAGAAAAGGAUGUGAUCACUGAAGCAAUGAUGGAGAUGAUACAGGGCAAGUCUGGAAGUUUUAGCCAAAACAUAGAGUUCCUGAACCUGCUCCCAAAGAGGGGUCCCAAAGCCUUCUCUGCUUUCUGUGAAGCUUUACAAGAAACCAAACAGCAACACUUAGUGGAAAUGCUCCUGAGCACCAUUCCCAGCCAUAGCAAUGGGAAUGCAAGGCUGAAUUCUGGCUAUGAGGAAAAGCUCCCAUUUCCUAUAUCUGAAUCAGGAAUCUCUCAAAAAAGGCCACGGUGGCAACUUGCAGAACCAAUGGAGCAUUCCUUGGAUGAUGGAGAUGGUCCUCACUAUCCUCAGGUGAAGCGAUGCACCCUAGAAUUCUAUCAUGAGCAUGAGCACAUGGCAUACAAGAUGAAAUCACACCCACGGGGCUUGGCGCUGAUACUUAGCAAUGUGCAUUUUAGCAGUGAGACAGACCUAGAGUUCCGUUCUGGUGGCAAUGUUGACCAAGCUGCCCUAGAAAUGCUCUACAGACAUCUUGGGUACCAAGUGGUGGUACGGCAUGAUCAGACUGCGCAGGAAAUGCAUAAGGAGUUGGAAAACUUUUCAAAGCUUCCAGUUCACCGAGAUGUAGAUUCCUGCAUUGUAUCACUUCUCUCACAUGGCAUAGAGGGUGGGGUCUAUGGAGUGGAUGGCAAACUGCUUCAGUUGCAGGAGAUUUUCAGGCUCUUUGAUAACGCAAACUGCCCUAGGCUUCAGAACAAGCCCAAAAUGUUCUUCAUUCAAGCAUGCCGGGGAGAUGAGACAGACCGUGGAGUGGACCAAAUAGAUGGCAAUGAGCGUGCUGACUCCCCAGGUUGCGAAGAAAGCGAUGCCAACAAGAAAGAGAAUCCCAAGCUGCGUCUUCCCACUUGCUCUGAUAUGAUAUGUGGUUAUGCCUGUCUGAGAGGCACAGCUGCUAUGAGAAACACCAAACGUGGGUCGUGGUAUGUAGAGGCUCUGACCUCUGUGUUUGCUGAAGAUUCUAGAAAAACACAUGUGGCUGACAUGCUUGUAAAGGUGAAUGGAAUGAUCAAGCAUCGAGAAGGUCAUGCCCCAGGCACCGAGUUCCACCGCUGCAAGGAGAUGUCAGAGUAUUGUAGCACUCUUUGCAGGGACCUUUACUUGUUCCCAGGAAUUAACUCUGUCAUCUAAGGGGGCCACUACCUCAAAGGCCAAAGUCCAUGAAAUACUCUGUGCCAUAGGAUGACCUCCUGUAGAGGUCUAGGGCUACUCUUCCCUUACAGCAUUUCAUAUGGAAGGUAGGGGGCGUUAAGCUGUUUAGGAAGCGGUUGACUGAUGAACAUAUGAUACUUGUUCUGUUGUUUCUAACACUUUGUCUGAUUUUAUUGGGAAUUUCCUAUGUUAUCAGACAUUGUGACCUAUGGAAAUUAGCAUAUAAAUGUCUUUAAGUUGAUCAUGCCUGGCUAAGCCAGCUUUCUUACUCAUUGUGCAAGUUUCUCUAAUAACACUUUUUCAGACAGGCUUUGGCAACUUGUUGAUGCUUGCCACCCAGUUCAGGGUUUAUAUGUGUAAUAUUGUGUUCAUGUGCCAACAUUGAGGUUGAUGGGGAGCACCUAGGUAGCGAAUAUUUAUCACAAACAGGAGUGUGAGAAAUAGCAUUCAUAAAGCUUUUUAUAAAACAAAAAACAUGCUUUAUAAUUUGAUUUUGUUUUAAGACAAAUUUGUGGGCAGCUAAGCAAAUUUGGCAAAACGACUAGCUAAACUGAAAAGGAACCCUCUAAAUCAGGCGUCCCCAAACUAUGGCCCGCCAGAUGUUUUGGCCUACAACUCCCAUGAUCCCUAGCUAACAGGACCAGUGGUCGGGGAAGAUGGGAAUUGUAGUUCAAAACAUCUGGAGGGCCAAAGUUUGGGGAUCCCUGCUCUAAAUAAAUGAAGGACAUGCAGACUAAUAAAGACAGUUUGGAAUAGUUAGGUUAAUGCUAAAGUCAUUUUAUAUCUUUCAUCACCCCCUUCCCCCCAAAAUAAUAAUAAAUACACAUGCAAUUUCUAUUUUGCUAAAAAAGACACACACACCCCAAAAAAUCUGUUCUGCUUAUUUUAUCAAAGAAGUUGAUAAUUAUUAGCACAAACUCACACCAGGACUUGGAAACAAUUGAAACAGGUUUUCCAUUCCACAAGGUGUUUCUACUUAUAUAACAAGUUUGUCUUUUUGACUUCUAUUGUUGCUAUUUCCAUUAUUCUCAAUGUUAGCAUACCAUACGAUGUCUAUUGUAGACUUGUCAUUUUAUUAGAUGUUUGCCUACACCGUAUUUGCCUAUAUUUUCUGCCCACCCACCCCAUGAUUCCCUAUUCAUUGUGGGUGAAAUUGAUCCUCAUGAGCAGAGGCAUGGCUAUAAGUCCACCCCCACCCCCGGCUUCUCAGAUGCCACACAUGGCUUUUUAAGGGCAAAUCUACACAUUGGCAGAGUUAGGGAAAUCAUCUCUGCAUGCUCAUUUGCACAUCUGCUUUGCUCCUCCCAUUGUGUGAGCAAACAAUUCAGGAAGUCUUCAGUUAAUUAUGCAUUCUUUUCUCCAGUACUGUAACGGCCCCCUUUUGCGGGACCUGCAAUUUUAAGAAACUCACUUGCAAAAUGAGGACAAUCCUCAGGAGCCAGUCUUAUUUAUAUGUGCAAAUGUAUACCCCCAGUGGUGCAACAGUCCUGCCACCCAGUAGCCACAGGUGGUUAAAAGCCUGGGCUUUUAACUGGUGGUUAUGUUUGCUGCAGAGGACAGGAAAUAAGCUCUAGUCCCUCUCCCCCACCACUUUUUUUUAAAAGUUGCAUGCCACACCUAGGUUUUCCAGUUACAUUCUUGUAUAUAGUUGCCUUUCGGCAUCCUAAUAACCCUGCAGCCAAGGACUGUAUGCUUGAACCAGCUGCCCUUGAUCAGCCUUUAUCAUUCUCUUUUGCCUAAGAUUUUGAAAAAAAUAUUUUUAUAGGAUUUUGAUAUAUAUUUUUAAAAACAAAAAUAAUGGUUAGGAAAAUAACAUGAGGCAGAAUAAUCUAACAAGAGGCCAGAAGCUUAGAAGGUCCUCUUGUCCUGCCCUAGUGCAUUUGAACUGCGUACCACACCUGUCAAGCAGUAGCCAUUUCAGGGCCAGUGAACAUCUCAGGAUGACAACUCAAAGGUUCUUUCCUCUGGGUAAAAAUAGAAAAAAACAUGGGAGUCCUCUCUGGAAGUUGGUGCUUGAUAACUGUGUUAGUACAGACGUCUCCCCCUAGUCUGAGAAAGGAGAGGGCAGGUCUUUAUCACUGCCACUUUUUAUAAACUUUGUAUAUAAACUAUGAUCUCCAUGUGCCAAAAUAAAACGUUACCUUGUUUUCUAA